GAUUUCUCGAUUAUUUUUUUGACUGCUGUUGUAUAUUUUCGAUUAUUUGUCAUUUUUGUCCGAAAGGGGCCUGUAGGGGGACGUGCCCGACCUAAGAGUAGCGGAGCGCGCUUGUUGUGCUCGGCGGAGCCAGAGGGCUGCGAGGAGUUGAGGACAGGGCCGAGGCUCAGAGACCGCCUUCCUCUGCAUGGCCGCCAAGACGGGGACGUCCGGGCGGCCAAACGCCUCGCCGGUGGAGCAGACUAAGGGCAUCGCCGGGUUUCCGCACGUGAACGCCCGCUUCAAGCAGGACCCGCCUCGGAAGCUGCAGGCGCCGACGGAGGACAAUGCCUGCGGGACGCCGUCGAGAAGGCACUUUGACGGCAGCACCUGGUCGGAGGCGGAGGUCCGCAAGGCGGCAGUGGACCACUGCAUGCUCACCUGGUCGGGCUCCGCGCCACUGGAGACCAUGCCUAUCAUCGAGAGAGCUGAGGGCGUUUACCUUUACGAUACCGCGGGAAAGAAAUACCUCGACUGGACCAGCGAGGCUGUCUGCGUGAACCUGGGCCACACCGUUCCUGAGGGCGUCAAGAAGGCAAUGAUUGACCAACUGGAGACGAUGCCUUUCGUCUACGGGGGGAUCGGCUUCGCUCCAGUCCGGGCAAAGCUCGCUUCGCUUUUGGCUGAGCUCGCACCUGGGGACUUGAACGGUUUCCUCUUCCCGUCGAGUGGUGGGGAGGCCAACGAUUGUGCGAUUCGCCUAGCUCGCCUCUAUACAGGGAAGACGAAAAUCUUCAACCAGUACAGGUCCUACCACGGUGGAACUGUAGGGCCACUCAGCGCGACAGGCGAUUUCCGCCGAAAGUUCGGCGGAGAACAUGCGACCGGCUUUGUGAAGAUGUUCAACCCGGAGCCACAUUUCUUCCGCUGGGGUGACACAGAUGAGGUAGCCUGCUCCCAGGCGCUGGCCUGCCUCGAGGAGCAGAUCGUCGCCGAGGGUCCAUCCACGAUCGCCGCCAUCAUGCUCGAGAGCGUCCCGGGCUCCGCUGGGGUGCUCAUCCCGGCCGUCGGCUACAUGGAGGGCGUCCGCGCGCUGUGCAACAAGUACGACAUCCUCAUGAUAGCCGACGAGGUGAUGACCGGCUUCGGCCGCUGCGGCGAGCUCUUCGCCUUCCAGCACUUCGACGGCGUGAUCCCCGACAUCUUCACCAGCGCCAAGGGCCUGACCGGCUCUUGGCAGCCGCUGUCGCUGGUCGGCAUGCGGCAGCCGAUCAAGGACUUCUUCUGGAGCAACCCGACGGGCUGGGGCUCGACGUUCCAGGCGCACCCCGUGGCCCUCGCCUGCGGCUACGCCUCCCUGAAGCACUUCGUCGAGACCGACGUGCUCGGCCACAUCAACCGGAGCAUCCAGCCCGUGAUGAUCUCGGAGCUCAACCGCCUCGUGGACAAGUACGCCUGCGUCCGGCAGGCGCGCGCCCUGGGCGCCUUUGGCUGCCUCGACCUGCAGGACCCGAAGACGGGCGAGAGGCCCAUGCAGGUGGGCGAUCCGAUGCCGCCCCCCAUUGCGAAUUUCAAGAGGGCGUUCAACGACGAGGGCCUCAUCGGCUUCGUGCGACCGCCGCAGCUGCACUGCGCUCCGCCCCUCGUCAUCACGGAGGCGGAGCUGCGUGACGGCUUUGCCCGCCUCGACCGCGCGCUCGCGGUCCUCGAGGCCGAGCUGAAGUAGGUGCCGGUGCCGUCUGAGGUCUCACUUGCUGCACUUUUCCAGACCCGUGCCACAGUUGGACAUAAGCUCACACGGCUGCGCAGCAAUGAGCACUUGGCAGCUACGAUUCCUGGUUGGGGGCAAGGGCUUCCCGUCAGAUCAGGUUCUUCUCGUGGUCUCUCGUGAUGCAGCAUCGUUUCCUGCUAGAGCCACGCGAUUUGCAGCAGAUCGAUCAGCUAAGACGUUCUAUCACCGUAAGGACCCAGCUGAAAAUAAACGCCAUGAUGAAUCAGACUUGCGACGC